CUGCGACGUCGCGGUUUCCACCCGGAGUUCGCUUCGUCGACCUCUUCGCCGUUUCCGCGCCCGUGUCCACCGCGCGACCCACGGAACCCGCCCGGUUCCCCGCCCCGACCCACCCCCGGGAUAUCUUUUUUGAAAGCUCAUUCUCCCGCGUGAACCACGAUGGGUGUCUGCGCCUCCACCCCCCAGGCCGACGCCGAGCCCGAGGCCAAGGGUUCGCGCCGUAAGAACGUCCCGCCCCCCUCGGAGGUCGCCGACGCCGCGGCGCUCGAGGCGCGCCGCGCGCGAUCCGCGGUCCUCACCAACGAGGAGCGCGCGGAGGAGACCGAGCUCGAGGCCAAGGUGCUCUCGCUCUUCGUGCAGAUGGACGUGGACAAGAACAACGGCGUCGACGGAAAGGAACUCGCCGCGGUCCUCGACGAGAACCCCGCGCUCCGCCGCCGCCUCCUUCGCAACCUCGACCUCGACGUGCGGGACGGGAGCCCGCAAUCCACGGAGUGCGCGGAUUCCUCCGUCGUCGCCGCCGCCAUCGUAAAGGCGGCGGCGGCGGCGAACCCGGACAUGAACGAUUGGUCCGGAGACUCGCACUCCAUCGGCUGGUACGACCUCGAGCGCGCCGUCAAGGGAACACCCCCCGUGGACUACCGCAAGGCGCCCGACUCCCCGAAGCUGUGCCGCGAGAACAUGCUGCGAGGCGCGAGGGCCCGAGCGGAGAUUAAGCGAACGGAAGGUGGCGGCUACGCCGGGCUGACGGACGCGAAGGAAGCCGUGAUCAUCGGAGAACGCGCCAGAAACCUCCAGGUCAACCGCCGCGCGCUCUACGUCGAGUCCGAGCCGGACGUGUGGCACGACGGCGCGUUGUACAGCACCGACGCGGCGGCGCGGCGCGCGCGGGCGGCGAAGCAGAGGGAGAUCGAGGAGACGCUGCGGGCGGAGGGACUCAUCAGGGACGAGUUUCCCGGGCUAGACGCCGCCGCCGCCGCCGCCGUUCGAUCCGAGAUCAAGACCGGCGGCGUCGUCGUGGACAUCGAGGACGACGACGACAUGGCCAAGAAGAAGACGAGGAAGCUCCCUCCCAAGCUCGAGACGCUGAGGAACACGCCGAUCAAGUCCAGGGCGAUCGCCGCAUGACGAGCGAAGCGAAGGCAAAUCACAUCGCCAAACAAUCGCCAAACAAUCGCCAAACAAUCGCCAAACGCGAAUACGUGUAAGAUGUCGACUCAUAUC